UUUCAUCAGAAAGGUUACUUGCUAGUCUCCUUUAAAAAAAAGUUUAAACCUAAGAAAAUCCCCACAAUAUCUUCUGAAAGAAGGCAGAAACCUAACAAUGAGAAGAAUUGUCUUCAGUGGUAUUUUUGUCUUAUUCUGCCUCUUAGAUGAUGUUGGAGGCUUGAUCUGCAGAGCAUGCAACCUGUCACUUCCCUUCCAUGGAUGUCUCUUAGAUUAUGGCAUCUGCAAAACAAAACCUGGCCAGUACUGUAAGAAUGAGAUUCAUAGUAAAGCUGGAAUCCAGUGGUAUUCAGUAAAAGGCUGCACAGAGACCCAUCAUGAUUGCUUCAAGAAGUCCAUCAGCCAUCGGGAGAGCUUUUUUUCUCACUGCUGCUUUGGGAACUUGUGCAACUUCUGACACACCCCAACCCCCCGCCCUAUGCUUCCCCACUACCCCCUCCCCUCACCUCAGAAGUUAUCUUUUCACGGCAUCUCUUUCACUUCUCUCUCCUUGGUUUCCCUCUGAAUGAUUUCAAGGUCACAACAUGUGCAGGUUUAACUGGUUCCCUGAUUUAGCCUCUGCACAUCUUGUCCAGUUGACUAAAUCCCUAAGUAUUUGCAUAUCCCAUAAUACUGUUUACCAAACCCCUAGAGAAAGUGAGCCACCAGGCAUCUCAGAAUAAUGAACCCAAAUGGUAAAGGGAUCAGGCAGAUCCUAGGCUUGGCUCUCACUUCUCACCUCUACGUUAGCAUCAGCCCAGACACAAAUGUCCAUGCGUUAACCAAGCCUCAGCACUUUGGCUCAACUCAAUUUGGUGGAUUGUGGAAUUCAGUUUAAGCAGGGGGUCAGCUUCUCGUUCACAAGGAACUGACAAAGGGUUGAAAAGACAUUUUGUACCUUGAUUCACACUUUUUCAUCAGCCACAUAUCAGUCACUUCCAUUCAAAUGCCCUACUUUUACAGCCUUGACACUUGUGUUCUAAAAAAUAAUAAUUGUUCUCUGGACUUGCUGGACUUUGAGAAAUAUUAAUAAUAAACCUCAGUGAAACUUUC